AUGGCGCUUCUCACUGACGAUGCUGACUACGGUGUUGGGGAAACGUUUGGAAAUGCACCAAAUCAAUGGCCCGAUGCCGGAAUUCACGAAUACUAUGGCAUAAGGCACAGGAUCAGGUACGUUCCACGAGCCUGUCUUGGAGGCUCCUCUCUGCCCGAUCCGAUCGGUCCGCACCAAUCAGGACUUGGCUGUCGGUCCGACAAGCCUGGCCAACAGCCGACGCAGCCGAGUCCCACCUCAAAAUUCGCCUCACAACCAAGUCGCCACGCUGGCGCCCCUCUGCUCUGUCUUUCGGCCGGCGCUUGCUCUGCCCUCAGCCCUGCCUCGGCCCGUCCGGCGCCCUUCAGACUGACGCCUCAAUUGGCCGGCCUCGUGUUGCCCCCCGGGGGCCCGGCAGCCGUCGGUGGGGGACCUCUGGCUGGUGCCCUCGUCACCGGUGGAAUGGCAGUGACGCGGCGACGACACCAAGUGGCUGGCUUGAUGCGAACGCUUGUUAGAGACGAUUUUGUCUUAUGGCACCGUGGACGUCAGUCUGCAGGGCUUGCCGAGCUGCUCAGAUUGCUGCAUUCUGACACUGUUGCAAGUAAGAGCAUCCUUCCACUUUUUGUGUAA